GGCCCAGCCCCGCCCCGCGGCUGCCGGAAAGCACGCGCCGCUGUGGGGCUGACCCGCGCUCUACCCGGCAGGCAGCGCGCCGCGCGGCGGCCUCCCCCGGCGGAGGCUGAGGUGGGGCGCCGCGGUCCGGCGAUGUGAGGCGCCUCCGCCAGCGACGCUGCCUCCCAUCCCCCCUCCCGCCAGCCCGCCACCGUAGCGGGGCGGCCUGCCGCGGCCUCUCCGGACGCUCAGCACGUCUCAAGAUGGCAGAAUUAUUUAUGGAAUGUGAAGAAGAGGAGCUAGAACCAUGGCAAAAGAGAGUGAAAGAAGUGGAAGAGGAUGAUGAUGAUGAUGAUGAUGAGCCAAUCUUUGUUGGGGAAAUCUCAAGCUCGAAGCCAGCUAGUACAUAUAUAUUGAACAGAGUCAACCUCAGCUCAUCACGAAGGGGGAUACAGAAUGGUGCACCCAGUAGAGGUACAGUUACUACAUUCAAGCCUGACAGUCACCAUUAUGCGCCACCUGCCUCCAGUCCCAGUGCCAUGCCUGUUUCAUCCGUCUUUCAGUCUGUAUCCAGACCUACAACUAGCUCUAUAGCAGUUCAGCCAUUGUCUAUACCAGUGAAUGUUUCAGGAACUUCACAAACACCGCAGAGACCAGUUGCUGGAUGUUUAUCAACACAGCAGAUGCCUGGGUCAAGUUCGGGAAUAUCACAGCCUGUUAGCAGACCUGUAACCAUUCCAGUGACAACACAGCCAGUAUCAAGAAAUAUCACGGUUCCUGUAGUGGCUCAACCUGUAUCCAGGCCAGUGACUACUAUAACAUCAGAGCCUGUAAUACUCGAUCAGGAUUAUAUUAUGGAUUCGCCACCAGCUGCGCCAGAUAAUACAUCUGGUAUACUGUUUGGUGUGAGAGAGAACUCGGGAGUUCCACAGUACCAGACUGGGCCAGCAGUGAAUGUAACAGGUACAGAUGCUGCAGCAAGCACCAUUAAAAAUGGAGGGCCUUUUCCACGAGCUUGUCCGAAGUGCAAUAUUCAUUUCAAUCUUAUGGAUCCUCUAAAAAAUCACAUGAAGUAUUGUUGUCCAGAUAUGGUAAAUAACUUUUUCCUGGGAGUGGCCAAAACAGAAUGUUCCAGCACAACAAGCAAGAUUGCUGAAUCUGAGAAAGGAAAAUUGAUUAUGUUAGUUAAUGACUUUUAUUAUGGGAAACAUGAAGGUGACACCCAGCAGGUACAACAGGAGCAGAAGACUCAUACGACAUUUAAGUGCUUCAGUUGUCUGAAAGUUCUGAAAAAUAACAUAAGGUUUAUGAACCACAUGAAACAUCACUUGGAACUUGAGAAACAAAGCAGUGAAAGUUGGGAAAGCCACACCACCUGCCAGCACUGUUACCGUCAGUUUCCCACACCGUUCCAGCUGCAGUGCCACAUUGAAAGUACACACACCCCUUACGAAUCAUCUACUAUUUGUAAAAUCUGUGAGUUAUCCUUUGAAACAGAGCAAGUUCUUCUGCAACACAUGAAGGACAAUCAUAAGCCAGGUGAAAUGCCGUAUGUUUGCCAGGUAUGCAACUACAGAUCCUCAGCUUUUUCAGAUGUAGAAACACAUUUUAGAACAGUUCAUGAAAAUACAAAACAUUUGCUAUGUCCAUUUUGCCUCAAAGUAAUUAAAAUUGGAGCACCAUAUAUGCAUCACUACAUGAGGCAUCAGAAAAAAGGAAUAUACCGUUGCACUAAGUGCAGACUGCAAUUUUUGACAUGCAAAGAAAAAAUGGAUCACAAGACUCAGCAUCACCGAACAUUUAGGAAACCCAAACAGUUAGAAGGAUUACCUCCUGGAACAAAGGUGACUAUUCGAGCAUCUGUUGGAUCUCUUCUAUCAGGAGCAUCAGCUACAUCCUCUGUUAGUACAAGUACUUCCACAUUUCAGUUAUCACCUAAAGCUAAAAAUACCACUAAAAAUCAUAACAAAUCUAAUACAAAUAGGUCAAAAGCAAAAUCAAAACCAGCUACAUCAAAGAAGCAAAAUGCAUGGACCAACAGCAGAAAAAAAAAAGAAGUUACAAAUACAGCAUUGCAUAAUCUGAGGUAUCUUUCAGGAGUUCACAAAUGCAUUGAAUGUUACUCAGAAGUAAAAGAUUUUGCAAGCCAUUUUCCUGCUUAUGUCCACUGUAGCUUAUGCAGAUACAACACUAGCUGUAGCAAAGCCUAUGUGAAUCACAUGAUGAGUUUUCACAGUGCUCGUCCAAGUAAAAGAUUUUGGAUCUAUAAGAAGCAUUCAGAAGAUCUCCGAGGUGUGACUGUAGUGUGUCUUAACUGUGAUUUCCUGACUGAUGUUUCUGGCUUAGAUAGCAUGGCCACACAUCUGAGUGAAAGCCACACUCAUACUUGUCAAGUUGUUAUAGAGAAAGUUUCUGUAGAUAUCCCAACUGCUGAACAAGUAUCUGACAAACAAGAGCAUGACUCUUCAGACGAAACAAAAGAAUGCAAGAGAAGUCAAACUAAAAAAGCUGCAUCAGUUGAAAAGAAUGAAGAAAACUCAUCAUUGUCAAAUACAGAAAAUGUUCCUAGUUUGGAACUCCCUGACAACAGCUCAAAGAAUUCUUUGCAUGAGAAAGGAGCAUGUUGUGAUUCGUAUAAUAACAAACAAUUAGUAGAUGAGAAACAAAAAUGUAUUUGUGAUGAAAGCGAGUUGAGAACUUGCCAAAGUUCAGAUAAUGUUAUCUUGAAUGAGCAGACUAAAGUACGUAGUUUGGAUGAAACUACGCUUUCAGCAAUGAACGCAAGGGACUUAAAACUAACAUUAGGUGAAGACGUUAGUUUUGAGCAGUUCUUGAGAAAAAGAGAUGAACCUGAAUCCAUUAGUUCAGACAUUAGUGAACAAGGCAGUAUUCAUUUGGAGCCUUUGACUCCAUCAGAGGUACUAGAGCAUGAAGCUACUGAAAUCCUUCAAAAAGGUAAUGUUGCACCUUCAGCAAAGAAAGCUGGACAACUCUCUGAACAAACAGAUGAGACUUCUAAAGAAAGCAAUCCCACCAGAAUGGAAACAACUGUAAACAAGACAGAUGAAAAUGAAGCAAGCUGAAAUAAUGUUAAUUUUAUUGUUUGUUUAAAACAAUGGUAAGAACACCAUGGACCAUUCCUGAUGAGUGUGCUCAUUGUUUCUAAUUACUAAAAACAAAAGGGGGUGGGGGAGAGGAGAGAGAGACACUAAAGGGAAGUCUUGCAUGUGAAGAUAGCGUGUAUGUGUAUGUGCAACUGAUUUAGCUAAAUUUACAAAAGGUGUUCAAAUACAUCUUCCUGUCUCUUGAAUGUGCUAUGAGAUUGACAGUUGAAAGGAGGAAUAAAUUCUAAUUUUAUAGUUAACUAGCCUGGGAUAAGGUAAUUUGUUUGCCAAGAAAAUAUUUUUUUAAAUCCUUCAGUGUGAAUAUCAUGAAACAGUGGAAUUUAGUAUGAAUUCACUUCUGAUGCUGAAAUGGAGCACACUUGCAAUGAUGGUUAUUGGUCUGCUGAUACUUCGGGUAAACCUAAACCUUUGGACUUGGUGUCACAUUCCUGUCUGUAGAAGCAUGUAAACAGAAUUAUAUGAAUCUGUGCACCUCUGUACAGGUGUAAUCCUGCCAGGCUGUAAGCUUACCUUAAUAAACUUUCAGUGAAAGUGAAAUUAUUACAAUAAAAAUAUAUAUUUGUGGGGUUUUCAGUGUGCAGGCUGUGCAGAAAUACCUAACAUAAUUGUAUAAAGUAGAACAUAAUGCUGAAAGUACUGUAGCUGUUAGGCUUUUACCGUUGUUUAUUAUGAUUUUUAGCCUUAGACCCAUAGGAAUGGUCUGUAAGUCACACCAAAGUACAGUUUAAUGUAAAAAUUGUUUUAAGCAAAAGUAAGGAAAACCCCAAACUGGAAACACCAACUGGCAUGCAUUCUGCCAUUUUGCAGCUGCUACUGGCUAACUGUUACAAAAAGGACACAAGGGCAUAUAGAGUGAAAUUGUACAGUUCAAUUUCAGGACUUUUGUAGUCUAAAUUGUGUACAGAAAGAUGGCUGCUGGUUUUCAUUUAGUUUCUUUUGGUUUUGUUUUUUUUUCCUUUGUCUUCUAGUUAGCAGCUAGAUGUAGGAAUGCAUAUGAUUAACAGUAGCUUGCUCUUAUGACUUCAUUUCUCCAUUUGAAACAUUCAGAAUGUGCUUUUGACUUACAGUUUUGUUUCUAAUGAAUGUUAAGUGUUUUGAACAGCUGUUAAAGCACUGCUGUAAAUUAUUACUUUUUGAGUAAAUAUUUGCAACAAAAUUUUGUCUUUGUGCAUAAUUUUAUGCUCAGCUUGAAACUUUGGGCAGAGUCUUCCCACCUUUUAAAAAAAAAAAAAAAAGUUUUAGUGACAGUUCCCCAAAUCUAUUUCAUCUUAAUAUUGUGAAUUUGAGGCUUAUGGUGGGGUUUUUUGUUUGGGAGGGGGAAGGGUUGUUGUUUUAGCAUUAAAUGAGCAAGUGCCUAUGCGUAAACACAUUUUUGUAGCUGUGUGUUGUGGUAAGAUGUGCUAACUUUUCCAGAUUAUAUACAGAUAUUUUCUGGGCCAUCAGCAUGCAACUGAAGCCUGCUCUGUCUUCCUGGGUUAACUGGGCUCAGCUGCUAAAAGAGUCUAAGCAACAGUAUUAAAAUUUAGAGACCAUCGCUGUUUACUGGAGUAGUUGGAGCCUCUGAAUAAAACACAUCAAUCUCAACAUCUCAAAAACCGCUUCAUACUCUAAAGAACUACAUGACUUAAAUUUUGAAUUGCAUCUUAAUUUUCAUCCAUGCAAGUUUGGAAGAUUUUUUUAAAAAGAAAAAUGGAACAGUUUACGUAGUCACAGCUUUUCAAGAUCUGCCACUUGAAGAAGUUCAAAUAACAAGAUGUGAAAAACCUGAGAGCAACAAGUUGCAGUAUUCUUUUGUUCUUAGUUGUUUGGGGAUUUUAUU